AUGGUCACGCCAGACGCAGACUCGUUUCGCUGCAUCAGUAAAGCCAUCAAAGACUUCCUGGAAGUGCCGUGGCCUCAGGGCCGCAAGAACACGUCAUGGUUCCUGAAGGCAACAGAGUGCCGUUCGCGCCUGGCCAGCCUAUGGGAAGCCAUGCGUCAAGAGAUCGACCGGAACGAGCAAGUAGCAGGACACCCUUCACCCGAUAGACUUCUUGCGAAGAUACAAUUCGAUAGCGCUCCGAGUCACAUUGUGCGUGUAGAGCAGGAACGGCAAGAAUGCGAGCUACGCACCGCUGCGGAUGCUGCUGCUGCAACCGCUAGACGCACAGCGGAUCCGGGGACAGUAACAGCUUUAUCGUCCGAUAGGGACGAGGUGAGACCUGUUCGACGCAAGCUCACGAAGGCGAAAGCCGCUCGGCUUGCACACAAUCUCAGCGACAAAACCAACGAACUUGCCAUCGGCGCUGCCACGACAGAAAACUCGCCCACCCCAAGCCUUCCGCCCAUACCAGUAAAGCACGAAACUCUCGGCCUCUUCAACAAGAUGUUCCCGGACGGCGACGCAGAGACAAAAUCUGACGUACGCUGGGAUGUCUUUGUUCAGGCUAUGGCAGAUGCUGGCUUUGUCGCUACUGAUGCCUCGGGGUCCGCUGUUAACUUUUCGAGCGAUGGGCAGGGUCGUAUUGUGUUUCAUAGGCCGCAUCCAGAUCCGGUGAUUGAUCUGGUCAUGCUUCAUACUAUGGGGAGACGACUUAGCAAGUCGUUUGGAUGGUGCGCUGGGCGGUUUGUGCUGAGGGGUAAGAAUGAGAUUACAACAGUAACAGCAGUAACAGCAAAGUCCUGCAUCAUGGACAACCAAGCUGGACCCGUGGAACACCUGAGCAUCAAGGCUUUGAGGAACUCCAAAUUGAUAGAGUAUGUGGACGGCCUUGGGACUCACUUGGAGCCCGAUCAACGCAUUGUCUGUGCGCCUCCUUUAGACUUCCACGAGCAUUGCGACAUUUGCUCAAGUCAUUAUCGUCCUUUGGAGUGGCAAUCGGAUACCACUAGGGCAUAUGCAGGCAUAUUGAGCGAUGACACAGCUCGAGCCUUGAUCGAAGCACACCUGGCAGAUGUCGAGUCGUCCCGGAACCAUUUACAAGGAAUGCUACAGUCCUAUGGCGACAUCAUUUCGCGUCGUUGGGAGAAGAAAAGUCAAGAUUACAGAAAGCAGAAAGUCCGCCAUGCUCUUUCUUCAGCAUUUGCAGAAUCCUCGAGCACUACGAUAAUAUCUGACUACAGCGACGACUUGGAUGCAUUCCGGGGUACACGCUGGGCCUCGCUCUGGAGAUCAUCGGCUAGGGGUGAUCGCUGGCCUCUCAUGGAGUGGCUGAACAUUGGUGACUUUUGCAAAGACAAGACGAUGCUGCUCUCGCUGCUGCACGUAAGAACUGCCCACCACAACUCAUCCUGGAUCGUCAACGACACUCGAGCGACGGCUCAGACCUUUCGCUACUCACGGUUUCCGACACUGUUCAAUGGUAGAACUGUCAAAAUGUGCGGCGACGACAUAGGCGAGCUUCUCAACGACUGGGACCAGAAUCUUAUGCACAGCUUCGCACGUAUGGGCUUUCCGCGUGCUCUUAUGACUUUGCAAACUCAGCAACGUCUCAUGGUUGUACUAUGCCUCCUAGUCGACAGCCUUGUCGACGGAGCAAUUGCGAAUGGGAAUACACGAUGGCAGGUCUUGGUCAACAAUGGUCUUCAUCCUGCCAGCCAGGAUGGACCUUGGAGCUCAUACACGAAUCCUACUUUCGCCGCCCCAUUGUUGUUCGACCCUGAGAGGAUGUUGCGAGAAGCCGUCGCUAGACGCGAGCAUGUGCUUGAUGAACUCUGGCUAAUGCAGACGGAUCCACCAUAUAUGCACCUCGUGGUCUCAUCGCGCAAGAAGCACUUCAAGUCGCUCAAGCAGGAUGUCAGUAACGAGGCUCUCUGGAGUAGAGUCGCACUGACAAUGACGGCUGAGCUUUGUAGCCGCGUGACGGAGUGGGCGGAAGUGAUCCACGGGCUUGAAAAAGUCAACGAAACAUUCCAGUCUGGCAACAUCACGAUCGGAGCCGCAGUAGAAUCAACGGUGGAGCAGGCACUGUACAAUCUCGGAGACAUCCUUCACGCUCGACUAGGAUCACAGACCCGGACAUUCUACUCGAUGCUGCCAUCGUCGGCCCAACUUAGAGCAAGCUUUUGGUUCUUUGAAGCGAAUGGGGUCUUGAGGCAUCGCGCCAGGAUCGCUCCGCCCAGCACACAGAAAGGUACGAAACUAUUGGAGCUGGUCGAGCUUCUGAACAACGCCAUGAAAGAUACGACCGCUGUGAGAGCUAGGCCGGUCUUUCGUUUGCUCGAGCACGAGCUUCAGCAGCAGAACAUGCUGGACGCAAGACUCUAUGAACAGCUAUCAGAUAUGAUCUUGACUGCUGAGCUAUUUGUGGCUCGGCGGUGGUCUCAGCAUGGGCAGCCAGCACCCCGGAUAUCGAUCGUGACAGAUGAGCCCGGGCAAGAAAGUGGCGAAAGACAACGUCAGCAGAGCGCGGGAGGUGAAUUCCAUACCACUGGGCUGGUUGGAUUCUGCCCCCAAGCAAAGCGUCGUUUGUCGUCAGCUUUCAAAGGGUUCCACGCGACACCUUGGCCGAGAGGGACUCGCGACCUUAUCUGGCUUCAAAAGGCCGAAAAGUGUCGCGUGAGACUGCGGGAACUAUGGGAUGUAGUUCGUGAAGAGACCAUCGAGGUUUGGCAAGGCUUAGGUCCGUUUGAUCUUGUGGAAGCAAUCACGGCGGCUUUCUCAUUCGACAAGGAAAUGCGGCAUCUUGAGUCACUGGAAGUCGAACGCCAGAAGUGCAAGGCGACCAACGAUGAGAGGAAAGCAGCUGCCGCUACCGCAGCAACAACGGACCAGGGACCAAUUCAAUGGAAUUGGGGCUCAUCAGAGGGGAUCCGACCAAAGCAGCGAAAGCAGACCAAAGCCAGAGUCGUCAGAAACUCUGUUGCCGACCUCUCCGAUGGCUUGGACAAUCCCAACCUCGAUGGAGCCAUCGAAGGUGCCCAUGAAAAGCCUACAAAGUCGCUGCCUGUCAUCUAUGUCAAGCAGGAGACGCUAAACAUGUUCAAUCGAAUGUACGCCCACGAUGAUGCCCCCACAAAAGCUAAGAACGUCCGAUGGUCGACCUUCGUACAAGCCAUGGCAGAGGCUGGACUUUUAGCCGCAGACGCAUCUGGCUCUGCAGUAAGUUUCGAGAGCGUCGAUGGCGGAGGCAGAAUCGUCUUCCACAAGCCGCAUCCAGAUUCGACAAUCGAUCCGAUCAUGUUACGGGCAAUGGGCAAGCGCUUGCGCAAGUGGUUCGGCUGGGAUGCUAACAGAUUCGCGCUGAGAGACAAGUAG